GAGCUGCUACACCCGAGUGACCGCGCGUCCUGUGGGCUUGGCUCUGUCUGACAACGCCCGCCCGCCGCCCGUCUGGAAAACCGCACCGCGACAAGUUUGAUUCAAUGCUUUUGUCAUUUCGAAACAUUUGAGGAGCACGUUGGAGUCAGCAAAACGCAAAUAGCCUCAAAGUGGUGGGACUCAACAGGGUCACCUUUCCACUGACCUGACUUGGCUUGGUGGCGUCUCCUCCUUGUCUCCAUGGAGAUAGGAGGUUUGGCAAGUGGCAGACCCUUCACCAAAAAAGAAAUGGAAUCUAUCAUUUCUGGUCUGCACAGCAAAUUUUCAGCGAAGUCGUGGAAUGAGACGUUUCAGCUUGUGAGAAGAUGUAUGGAUAAAUCCAGAGAUGAAUCCAAACCAUGUGAACCCUUGAUGAGAUCCAUGCAAAGGCUUCAGGAGGUUUUUAGUGUGUCAUCCAUAAAUGCCAUGAAAACUCGACUGGAAACUAUUGCUAAACAACAAGGGAUGGGCUUCCACGUCACAGAUGGCACAUGUUACCUGACCGCAGAUCUCUUCUACCUGGAGGUGGUGCUGUUGCCCUGUGGGGGGGUGGAGGAGGUCAGAGUGGCCCCACAUGGAGAGAUCCCUGUGCCCAGUGAGUCAUUUCAGCAGCUGUUGAGGUCUAAAGAUUUUGCAAAGUUUUCAAAGAGGCUUGGGGAGCUUUUCAGCCAGUACAACAUCCCUGGAGACAUUGAAUUAAAACUGAAACUGUUUGAGUCCCUGCAAGCAAUGGGAAAAGAUUUAGAGCAGAUAUCACGUUUACCAAGGUCCUCAGCUGACCCUAGUUCUCAAACUGACCACAUAAACAAUGGCAUUGUUGGCAUGGUUACAGUUGGAAAAGAAGAUUGUCCAUUGACUGUCCAGUUCUAUGCCUCUCCUGACCUGGGGUUGACUCCAGUUUCUGAGACACAGGUCCACACAGCCCAGCUAACCAUUGGGCUCAGUGAUGUUCACCAUCGCCUGCAGGUGGCGUCCUCCAUCUCCCAGCCUCCACAGCUCAAUCCACAUGGCUUUCCCAUGUUUAAAUCUCAAAAUGAAGUGCCAUCUGAACAGGUGCCCGCCUGCUUCCUGCUUAAGCUGCAGCCUGCAGUUGCAAUGGUGUCAUCUUUGUGGAACAAACUCAGGCAGAUCACAGAUGUGCCAGUACCAGAUGUUGGCCUGCAGUGGGCACCCUUGCCCAAUCUUCUGAGUGCAAACGGCCAUGGAGUGAGUUCAGAUGACCAGGAUGUCAUUUCUACUGUGUCUGUAGAUGGCAGGAUGCACACAUAUGUUUUCCCAGGAGAAGCGUGGGAGGGGCCUGCCCAUAGAGGCACUCUGGUGGAUACUGUUCCCUUCACCCAUCUGUCCCAUGUGCCUGCUUUACUCAAGCUGCUGCGUCACCAGUGUGCCAUCAACUCUGUUCUGAUGAGUGCAAUAACAUCCAUAUGUGCGUCUCCAAGUCUGUCCUCUGAGCUGCACUUUGAAGUCCUCCCAGAGACGGACACGAGCUUCACUGUCACCUUCCAUAGACCUGACACUGUCUCCUUGGCUGUCUUGGUGGUGGAUGUCUCUGACUGUCAUCAGCUGAGCUGCAGACUGUAUGGGGUGGGACUGGAUGAUCCAUCACUGGAGGAAUGCAUCUCCACUGUCAUGAAGAGGUACCAUUCCCUCCCCAUGACACUGCAGACCUUGUACAGUAAUCUGAGCGAGAGAACCAGCCCAGCUCCCCAUAGCAGUCCAACAGUUAUCACAGAGCAUCCAGACAGCGACUGCGCCUCUCCCCCCGACGCCUCCUCCGCCAUGGACACGGACGGCGCCUCCAACGCAUUCUCCCGUGAUGCAGCUGUGUCAGAGGACCGCGUCACGCCCCUGCCCGCUCACGCCGCCAUGUCUGUAUCCCAGUCUGAGCUUGUGCCCGAAAUAAACCCCAGUCCGCCUGUCGACCCCUACCACUUAGCUCCCAUGGGCGUUUUUUCACCUUGGAUGACCAGUAACAGCCAACUAUCAGAGCUCAUUUAGCUGCUUUAAAAAUUCUUAAAUUACUAUAUUUUCUGAUCUAUGUUAUAAUGUUGUUUCAUCAUCAAAAACGUACCUGGAGUUGUGUUUGUUUCAUUCACACGUUUAACACAUAUUUGGGCUGAAUUCUUCUCUCAAACAGAAAACACUUUGCAAUGUCAUGCAGUAAUACAGAAAGUGCUCCAUUGUGCAUUUCACCUUCACUAGAUUCGGUUAGAUAAUCCUUUUCUGACCAAAAGGUAAAAGGUAGCUGUUAACUUGAAAACUACCUCUGCAUGACCUCACAAGUGCAGCAGAGCAUUUUUGAGCUUUGGAGAUGCAGACAAACUAAUUAAUAAAUAAAUUACUCUAGCAAAACACAACUCUAGGUAUGUUUUUGAUGAAAUAACAACAGUCUAACAUGGCUCAAAGCUCACAAGAGCCAAUUUUGUGUAAUAUAGGAUCUUUUAAAGUACAGUAGACAGGUUUUAAUGUUUUUCUAGUAAUGACUUGGUUUGGUUUUACAUUCAGGGGAAGUUUAUUAUAUUACUUCCUGGACACGGCCGCAGAUAUGACAUGCACAGUAGAGGUGGCCUAAUUCUAGUUCUGUGACCUAGUAAAUGUAAUGUUCACAAGGGUGAAAUUUUUAAUGAAAAUAUAUGACAACACCUUUUAUUUUGUUAAAUCAAUAUUUAAUCUGGCAGAAAAUGUGUUCCUUAAUCAUAAAUUAUCUCUGCAUUUUUUGAUAGAAUGUUGAUUAUAUAGGUGAAGGUAUUGUAGCUGUUUUAGAACUACUGCUACUUCUUCCUGUAUUUUUGUACUUUUCUUCCCAACUUUUUUCAUCAACACUGAAAAUUCUAUCCAUAAAGCAGGGAGAAUUUAUGUGCAAGCAAGACAUUUUUCUGGCACCUUAAACUUUCAUUUAACAAAAUAAUGGUGUUGUCAUUUAUUUUUUAUUAGUCUAACCAAAACUAUUUUGCAAUUUAGGCAGGUUUUGGUGGUUAACAUUACAGUUGCUAUAAGUUAUGGAAUUACCUUUACGUACAGUAUGCCAUAUCUGCUGCUAUACCAUGUUUUAAUAAUAUAAGUAGUCUGACCUGUCAUAUGCACUUUAAUACACAUUUUUAAACCAUUAGAACUCAAUAAAUCCUUCCACACCUUGAAAUUGUACUUAUAAAUGUGCAAUUAUACAUUUUAUAUGGCUUGUUAAUUUGCUAUAGUUAAACAAAUGACAAAUACACAGCCCAGACUUGUAGCGGUGCAUUCCAGCGUGGCAGAGAUAGCUUGGCUGUAAAGGUUUUGGUUUGGCUUUUGACCCCGCUUUAGACAGCCAAGAGCCCGGUUGAUUGGUACCAUGUGAGCCAAUCAAACGCCGCUAAAGUGCAUAAUGCAUUCUUGAUGGUCUGUAAGUAUAGACCACACAACUCCCAUAAACAACUGGCAUGUAAAAAUAUCACUUUGUUAGUAUUUGAUUUGGGGUUGUAGAAUUCUCAAUGCACAAUGCGCUCAGUCAAGACGUAUUAGCGCAGAAAAAGCCAGAUUUAUGAUGUAAUUCUGCCUGCGUUUAAUAGCAGGGCUAAGCUUCGGAUAAAUCUAUGUUCAGAAUAGAUUUUGAAACUAAUAGGCCAACUGUCAACGCCAAACAACUGCUUUUGUCUUGAGGAUAUCCAAUGACCUGUUCGAGAGCUAUUCUCGGAGACAAAUGUUUCUGUAUUGUUACUACUACUCCUACUGCUACUACUACUGUUACAACUACUACUACCACUACUUCUGUCUGUUAAGGUUGUCAGAAGUAUUGAAAAUCAGAUAAUAAUCAAUACUAAAAUUUGUUCAAAACUAGAAGACUAGAAAUGAGCCUUUCCUUCUAAGAGCUUUAGAAUGAUCUUGAACUGUAUCAGAACAAGUAUAAGACCGUAUAGACAACUAUAGGCCCCUCACAUUACACAAAUAGAAGACCACAGGGUUAUAGUGUAUAUAAAAAAGUAGUACUAUAAUUUAAUAUUGAAAAUCACAUUGUUUUAUCUUAAUAAAGUGUGCUUUUAUUUAU